CGCCUCCCCCCCCCGCCCCGUGACUCGGCUGCUCCCGCGGGCGGCGGCGGCGGCUGCCGGGCGGUGUCGUGCGGCCCCCCGCGCCCGUGCGGGGACUAUGAAGCACCAUGGUGUGGUGUGACCGUGGCGUCCAGAUGCUGCUGACCACGGUGGGCGCUUUCGCCGCCUUCAGCCUCAUGGCCAUCGCCAUCGGCACCGACUACUGGCUCUACUCCAGCGCCCACAUCUGCAACGGCACCAACAUCACGGCGGACGAGGCGCAGGGGCCGCCGCGGAGGGCGCGGGGCGAUCUCACGCACUCGGGGCUCUGGAGGAUCUGCUGCCUCGAAGGAAUCUACAAAGGACAUUGCUUCCGAAUCAACCACUUCCCUGAAGACAAUGACUAUGACCAUGACAGCUCGGAAUACCUUCUCCGUAUUGUCCGUGCCUCCAGUGUGUUCCCCAUUCUAAGCACAAUAUUGCUGUUGCUGGGAGGACUCUGUGUCGGAGCAGGAAGGAUUUACAACAGCAAAAACAACAUUAUUCUCAGUGCUGGGAUUCUCUUUGUUGCAGCAGGACUAAGUAAUAUCAUAGGGAUCAUUGUCUACAUAUCAAGCAAUGCAGGUGACCCAAGUGACAAGCGAGAUGAGGACAAAAAGAACCAUUACAACUAUGGUUGGUCUUUUUAUUUUGGAGCCUUGUCUUUUAUUGUGGCCGAAACCAUAGGUGUUCUGGCUGUGAACAUUUAUAUUGAGAAGAACAAAGAGCUGAGGUUUAAGACCAAGAGGGAAUUCCUUAAGACUUCUUCCAGUUCUCCUUAUGCCAGGAUGCCAAGUUAUAGGUACAGGAGGCGGAGGUCCAGAUCCAGCUCUCGAUCUACAGAGCCUUCUCCAUCUAGAGACAUUUCUCCGGUUGGCAUGAAGAUAGCAAGCACCAUUCCCAUGAAUGAAAUUUCCAUGUACACUCUUUCCAGAGAGCCUUUGAAGGUUACAACAGCUGCCAGCUACAACGCAGACCAAGAAGCCAGUUUUCUGCAGGUUCACAACUUCCUUCAGAAGGAAUUUAAGGAAGGACUCCAUGUCAACAUGGUCAACAGGAGAACGACACCUGUUUGAAGCACCUUCCUUCCUCGCGCUUUUUGAAGAAAUAUUGAAACAGAAUGGAUCUGUCGUGAAAGAGAAGGAGUGAUGUUAAAAUACCCUCUCACCUCUUUAAUUGUGGCAUGUGUUGAGGUAGCAAGUGGAGAUCCUCUGGACCAACAUAAAGAUAUCACACACUCGUAGCUUUUUUGGAAGCUAUUAAGAGUUUGUUUCUUUCAGUUCUUGGUGUCACAAGAUGAAGGCAGUUCAUGUUCCUGCACUUUUGUAGUGUGUACAAAGUCUUGGAGAAACUGCAGAUGACUUGCCACCAGUGUGUUUUACAGGAUUACAGAAAAAUUGUUGUACGAUGUUUUUUUUUCUAAUAUUGAGAUCCCUUAAUACGAACUUGCAGAUAUAAUUUAUAACGAAGCCCAAGGAUGAAUAUGAACGACUCAUCAAGUGAGCCACUUUCCUUUGACGCAGCAUAAGCUUUGCCUCUUUCAAAAAAAAAAAAAAAAAAAAAAAAAAAAAACAGAAAAAAAGAAAAAGGAAAAAAAGAAAAUAUUUUUGAAGGCAACACUUUCUAAAACUGACCUGUGGCACUGAAACCGUAGAACACCUGCGUACGGAGCAUUACAGACUCCCUGAUGGGGUGGUAAGGGGGUCUCCCAUUUCUGGGUGUAAGGCACCCCUCGGGGCAAUGCAGGUGCGGGAGAAGAGGGUGAGUGCAUCUUGAAACACCUAGAAAGGGAAGGAUUAAAGUAGGUGGGACUUGAACAUAUUUGCAGAUAUCAUUUCUUGCCUAACAUUUAGAAAACUUGAAUUCUCAUUUCGACUAGCCCUAGUGCCUGAUCCGGCAAGGUGCUGAGUGCUGUCUGUCAGGAGCCCCUAUAGACUACCUGUAGCGAGAGCGAGAAACAGCUGAGCCGGGGUGGCCCGCGCAGGCGAAGCCGCCAGUUCCCUGCGACUGCAUUCCUGUUUUCCUUACUGCUUCACAAGUGCAACACUAACGCUACUGGAAACUAAGAUAUCUCAGCAAUGUGCAUAAGAAAAUGAGAAGCUAAUACAUUUGGACUCGCAAAACUUCCUGCAGCAAUGGGAACUGAGUGUUAACAGAAUGGAUGACAACUUUGUAUUUUUUAAAAUAGAACAAAAAUAAUCACCGUUUAUGAGAUAUUUAUUAAACUCUUUUUAUUAUGAAUAAGUGCCGCAUGGUGCAAGGUAUAGUUGCUUUUAGAUGGAAAUUAUGGUUCGACCUAAUUUAAUUUAUUUUGUAAUGAUGAAUCUACUUACGUGCAAAGAGCCCACAGAAAACUCUAUGCAUCACCUAAAGGGGGGACAAAUUUGUACCCUUUGCUUCUGUAUGUUUCUAAAAAAGUCUGAAAUAUUUCUUUCUUUUAAAUUUCUGCUUUCAUUUUUUACACUUAGGCUUGGAAUCUUAAAGCUCGAGGGCCUGACUCAAAGAUAAUUUAAUUUCGUAAUACCGAUCUUGAUUUUACUGACCACUCGACCAAGCCAUAGGGGAAUGAGGUGCCCCAUUCCCCUUGGAUGAAUUAGGUGCAGUGAGAGAGGAGCAUCUAGUUCCUGUAGAUUCCUUUAAAUAUACCUAUCAUCUUUGCCCGGAAAAUCUUUGCUACUUGAAGACUAGAGAAGUGGUGACAAGAAAAAAAUUAUGAUUUGGAAAGCUUGGCUCACUGAUGGUGGGAGACCUCAGCCAAACUGCUAAAAACCUCUUUAGUCUUAAUUUGUCCUGCAAUGGCCGCAGCAUCAGUGACUCGGUGGUGUUUUGGAUAUGAGGCUUUCAGCUAGUGGAACCAACUCCUCCAGGGAAAUCCCAGAGGAGCUGCCUUAACAUCCCAAAAAGCAAGUUGAACCCCCCUCUCUCCCCAGGUAAACUCUGCUUAAGCCUCUCUCCUUGCAAAAACCAAGACGCAGUUCUCAAUUUUAAGUGAAAGUCUUCCCCUAAUUGCUGUUAAGCUCUGCCUAGCCCUCAGCCUGGCAGAGCGAUAUCAUUAUUUUGGCAGACGUGGGUUGCAGCCUUCAUCCCUGCUUAUUUAGAGUUUCCAUUCAGGUUAAAACUCUGCUGGGAUCCUUUUUCAAACCUCUGAACUCUGAGAGCUAAAGCAAAUGGAGCGAUGGGAACGAUUUUAAAGUAGAAAAUGUGCUACUUUCUGUAUCAACACACUAUGGAGAAAGAUGUUACACAAGCUUUUUAAAAAAAUUCAAACAGAGGCAGACAAGAAAACUUUUUUACCUACUUUUCGGCUAGGACAACAUAAAAGAGUUCUAAAAUUAUUAAAGUUCUUGAUGAAAGGUUUUUUUUACAAGAAUCUUUAUGCUUUCAAACAAUAAAUUAUUUCCUACUUUUUGAGACUUCGUAAUAUUAAAAUACUUUGAUUAGCUAUGAUAGAAGUAGAAGUUUGCAAUGAAAAAAAAACCUUCUGUCUCAUUAGUGUGUCAUACUAAGUGCUAAUUAAUUUACAUCUAAUUAUAGUCAAUGUAUUUUUCAAGUGCAAUUUCCCAGAACUAUUUGUUUCCCACUGUGUUAAUAAACUAAUAGUUAGAAAUAAGUCCUCAUCCGUGUUUACUGUAAUUAAGAUUAAAACCAUUCCCUUUAAAACCAGGAGUUAGAUAUAGGCUGUUUUUCUAAACUCAUGUACAUUGAACUGGAAGUUGACAGUGUGAGGUUUGCUCUGCGCGUUGGUUUUGUUCAUUUAAUUGUCAUUAUCCAGUGAAUGUGUUUAAAACCAACCAUCUAAUUCCAGCCAAAGUCCAAGGCUUUUCUACAGCCCAGGUCAGACCUGCAGAGGCACGUGCAGCAUUUUUACACCACUUUGGCAAAAAAAAGUCUUGCCGAGCAUUUCUGGAUGUUCCUCUUUGCCAGAGCCUCCUCCUCCCAAGCAGGGCUGCUUUCAGCAGCUCUUCGAGCACCGUGCCCAGCUUUGGUCCAAGCCGGAGCAUCUCCUCCUUCUCCAGCAAGCACUUUUGAAAAAUGGAGCUAGAGUGGGGAAAUAUUCACAGGAUGCUCUUGGGAUACGGAGUCUGGUCAGGGAACAAAGGCACGGGGAGAUAACAGGGACCAGAGCUUUCAUCCUGUGGCAGAAUGGGGUCUGUAAUUUAAAACUCAUGGUCUACGUCAAAUUGCAGCGCAGUCAUUUGUUCAACCAAAGCAAAAAUAAUGUUGUUUCAUUUGACAAUUCUAAAAAAUCCUCCAAAAAUCAGUCUUUUCCUGGGGAAAAAAUUAAUUCUGACAAAAAAGUUUGCAGCAUUCCUGCCCAUGAACAAUGUCUCGCUCUAUGGCUGAUCUAUCUGGAAAGAUGUAGAUUGUGCUUGGACUUUGAAACCACUCAGUAAUAAGUUAAAAAAAAAAAAAAAAAAAAAUCAUCUCCUCUUCCACAUCUCUCUGGUUUCCCUGGACAACACUGAACACAAAUUAGCCCCCAUUUCUCAACAAGGCCUGCAGAUACCAUCAUCAUACCAUUAACAAUCAUAGGUCUUUUGAUAUUACCCUAUAACAUUCUGUAACAGCAGACCUAAAAACAAAAUGCAAUUGGAUCAGAUUGGAUUUUCCAAGAAACAAAGUUUCAGGUAUAUUGACAGCUCUCUCUUCCUAGUUUCUCAUAGAGAAUAAGAGUAAAAGGAGAAAUCACUUCAUAUGCCCGUACAUCUAACAAUAUACUAUUUUUAUAUUUCCUUUUCUUUCUGUAUGGAUCACAUAUCCGCAAGGGCUAAUAUAUCAUGUCCCUUGAGGUUACAUUUCUGUCUGCAGUUCUAAAGUGUUAUUUCCACUGUGCUUCAGUUCUACUGGUAUAAUCACAACCAUGUAUAAUGUACUUAAUCCUUACUUUUUAAAUAAACCAUUUUAAAUGUA